AUGGGCUCGAAAACCUACGAAGGGGACCAUUAUCAGCAUGAGCCGAUCACCAGCGGAGCGAAGCCCAAGUCCGCUGGAGGGAAGCCUCGCGGUGCUCAUCUUGCCGAAGACGGUGAUGGGGACUACGGUAACGGUGAUGAUGACGACGACAACUUGUGGGAAGGUACAACUAGGAACUUGAUUGAGGCAACAGACGAGAAUGUUUCCAAGAAAAAGAAACGUAAGAGGUCCAAAAAGAAGAGCAAGAAGCCUGAAGCAACAGCAGCGGGUGAAUUGCCUCUGAAACAAUCAUCUCCGCCGCGUGUCUUGCUGUCAAACCUCUUUCCAUCUGGUGUCUAUCCGGAGGGUGAAGUUACCGAGUAUCACGGUAAAGACGAGAACAACUCACGUACUACCAAUGAAGAGAUCCGUUAUCUCUCACGCCUUCACAUCCAGGAUGAUGAGUUCCUGAACAAUUACCGUCAGGCUGCUGAAGUCCAUCGUCAGGUCCGUCAGUGGGUCCAACACACAGCUAAGCCAGGGAAGUCUUUGAACGAGAUUGCAGAAGGAAUCGAGGAUGGCGUCAGGGCUCUCCUCGGACAUCAAGGUCUAGAACCUGGUGACAACUUGAAAGCUGGGAUGGGCUUUCCGACAGGGCUUCCGCUUAACAACUGCGCGGCGCAUUACACUCCUAACCCAGGCCAGAAAGAGAUCGUCUUACAGGCCGAUGACGUGAUGAAAGUCGAUUUUGGAGUCCAUAUCAAUGGUUGGAUCGUUGACAGCGCUUUCACCGUUGCAUUUGAUCCAGUCUAUGACAAUUUACUUGCAGCUGUAAAGGAUGCAACCAAUACUGGCAUCAAGAAUGCAGGGAUCGAUGCACGUAUGAGCGACAUUGGCUCUGCCAUUCAGGAAGCCAUGGAAAGCUAUGAAGUCGAAAUGAAUGGAAAAACUCUUCCUGUGAAAGCAGUCAGAAAUAUUACAGGACAUGACAUCAAGCAAUACCGUAUCCAUGGCGGUAAACAGAUUCCGUUUAUUAAGAAUGACGACCACACGAAGAUGGAAGAAGGCGAGGUCUUUGCCAUCGAGACAUUCGGCAGUACGGGCAAAGGCUACCUUAGAGACGACACUGGGGUCUAUGGCUAUGGAAAAGAUCCGAGCGCUCCUCGUGUUCCUCUUAAUCUUGCUUCGGCCAGAUCGGUUCUCAAGACCAUCAACGAGCAUUUUGGGACUCUGGUCUUCUGUCGUCGUUACCUAGAGCGCCUUGGUCUUAAUAAAUACUUGGUAGGGCUGAACAGCCUUGUCUCGAAUGGGAUUCUUGAUAGCUAUGCCCCGCUGUCCGACGUGAAAGGUUCAUACACGGCGCAAUUUGAACACACAAUCUUGCUCCGUCCUAACGCUAAAGAAGUCGUCAGCCGCGGCGAUGACUACUGA